AGAAAAUUUUCGCAAACUCUUACAAGAAUCGAAAACCGAAUUCAAUAAUAUGUUUACACGAACCUACGGUGUAAUAUAUCAAAAGAAUGCCUAUGUCUUUUCGGAUUUGUUCAGUGAAUUGGAAAACUAUUAUAAUCGUGGGCGAAGCGAUCUCAUAAAUGUAAUGGAUACCUUUUUCAGUACCCUGUAUCAGAAAAUGUUUCAAGUUCUCAAUGUCCAGUAUACGUUUGAUGAACAAUACCUACAAUGUGUCAGCAAAUAUAUGAAGGAUCUGAAACCAUUCGGAGAUGUACCCGACAAACUAUCCGUCCAAAUUAAAAGAUCAUUUGUGGCAACAAGAACCUAUGGUCAGGCAUUGAGUACGGCGGCGGAUAUUUCCAAGCGGUUAAUUAAUAUACGUUUAAAUGCCGAUUGUACAUCGGCCCUAACCAAAAUGCAACACUGUGGCUCGUGCAAAGGUUAUACGGAAAAACCCUGUACGAAUUAUUGUGUUAAUGUCAUCAAAGGUUGCCUACACUAUUUCAAUGAAUUGGAUACGGAAUGGGAGAAUUUUGCCGGUGCUAUGGAUAAGGUGGCGGAACGUUUAUUGGGCUCUUUUAAUAUUGUUAUGGUUGUCGAACCAAUUAAUAUUAAAAUUUCCGAAGCCAUUAUGAAUUUCCAG